CCAAAACAACUAGGUCAACUGAAUGUAAUUCACCAUUCACUUGGCUAUAAAAGCCUAGGAAUGGAGAACCGAAAGCAUCAGUUGUUUAUCAAAUCAACCCAGUACAACAUGAAGCUCUUCAUCAUCGCCGCUGUCUUGGCCGUCGCUGCCGCUGCAAGCUACAAGGCUCCCAGCUACCCAACCCCAAGCUACCCUGCACCAAAAUACCCUACCCCAAGCUACCCCGCACCAGCCUACUCCGCCCCCGCCUACCCCGCACCUGCCUACUCUGCCCCAGCCUACAAGGAUAACAAGUACGCUGACAUCACCGUCACCAGCCAAUCUGAUGAACGUAAUCUCGAUGGCAGCAGCCAAUGGAACUACGCCCAGUCUGACUACACUACCCGCGAAGAGUCUCAAGUCCAGAAGAAGAUGCAAGGAGUCGCUUACGAUUCUUACGGAAAGGCCACCUACGAAGAUGUUAUGGGCAACACCAACAAGGGAUCUUCCUACUGGGUUUCACCUGAAGGCGAGAAAUUCACUUUGACCUGGACCGCUGAUGAUGCUGGAUUCCAACCCAAAGGUGACCACUUGCCCGUCGCCCCCGUCCAUGAAUACGAGCUCCCAGUUGCCCCCGUCCAUGAAUACGAACUCCCAGUCGCCCCCGUCCACAUCCCCUUCAACGGAAAGGGCUACAAGAUCUACUAGAUUUCUGAAACAUAACUGAAUAUUUAAGCAAUGUCCCGUAAUUUAUAUCUUGAUGCCAGUUGCGUGGUGUAAAUAUAAAAGCAAUCAACGUA